UUCCUGCAACAAUAGUUGAGAUACCAGAUUCACAAGAAAUUGAGAUAUCUAGUGCUCCAGUUUUUACAUGUAGUGGACAUGGUAAACCAUUGCCAGAAGUGACAUGGCAGACAAUUAACGGAGGCCCGAUUUCUGAGUCUGAUACUGAGAUUAUAGAGGAUGGUUAUUUUAUGAAUAGUACACUGACAUUCAACAGUGUAGAUAGAAAUGACAAUGGUAUAUAUCAAUGUGUGGUGAAUAAUGGAUAUGAUGAUGUGAGUGAAAACUUUACUCUCACUGUCUUAGAGGUACCAGAUCAAGUGAUAAUUAUAACUUUUAUAGCCACAAAUGCUGAGACAAUUGAAUUGAAAUGGGAAGUGACUUAUGAUGCCAAUGGUAUUGAACAGACCUUGAUUCUUACUGGUUUGGUGGCAUAUACUGAAUAUGAAGUCUGGGUGACAGCUGUCAAUACUGUAGGAGAUCAAAGUGAAUAUUCAGAAAAGAUGAUUACUCGGACAUUAGAGGGAGUUCCAGACAGUCCAGUUAUAUCCAGUUUUCAUAAUACGUCAGAUAGUGCAUUGACUAUUGAAUGGGACCCGCCGAUUAAUUCACGUGGUGUAACAAAAAGAUAUGAACUUUAUCUCUUCAUAAAAUCUGACAGAUCAGAUGUGAACUCUCACAUUGAGCUUGCAGAACAGACUGCUACUUAUACUUACCUAUUUACUGGUUUGUUAGCAAAUACUGAAUAUACUGUUGAAAUAAAGGUUUGCAAUGGAAGAAAUUGCAGUCUUACAGAAGAAAAGAGUGCUAAGACCAGUGAAGGAAUACCUUCUAUGCCUCUGAAUGUUGAAGCUAUGACUGGAGCCAAAUGUAAAGUUUGCUGGGAAGAACCAGAUAAUACUAAUGGAGUUAUCUCUCAUUAUAGAUUGGAAUAUGCAAUUGAUGCUAGAACCCCUCCUGAAAGUAACUAUGAAACUGAGGAAGACAGCUGGAAGAUUAAUACUUGGGAAAACGAACCUAAUCAGUUAUGUUAUGAUAUUAGUGAAGCAUAUAACCUGAAGCCAUAUUCUCACUACAAAGUAAAUGUUAGAGCUGCAACAUAUGGUGGUGAAAGUGAUCCUAGUGAGGAAGCUGCUGUGUGCAAGACUGACCCAGAAGCACCUGAAAUGAUUGAAGAACCUUCCAAACCGAGUAAUGAAAACAGUCGUUCUUCUGAUAAAACUUUCUGGAUGCAGUUACCCAGUGUAUCUCAAAGGAACGGUCCUAUUAGUUGCUAUGAAAUAAUCGUUGUGCCUGCAGCUGAUGUAAACACAAGUAAAAGUCCUGAUGAGCUGUUCCCUCCUAGUAAAGUGAAAGAUUAUGAUACAGCAUCAGAUACAGAUGCUUAUGUAGCCAUUAAGCUCACUCA